ACACACAUGCAUUUCAGCCGUUAAAGGUCCUUAACGUGUAAAGGCGAUGCUGCUUCUGUUUACUGUGUGCGCAGUAGCGUGAGGCGCGCUGGAGGCUGGAAGGCAGGAAGGCUGUUCGGGUGUCAGACUGGGUUCAGACUGGCGCGGUGGGAUGGUUGGAAAUGGCUGACUGAUGAUGGGCCGUGUUGCAUGUGCUGGACUGGAUGUGUGGAUGUGAUCUCUGAGCUGGGAUGGAGGCUGCACUGCAGUCCCCUCCCUCUGCACAGGCUUCAUCAUGUGGCUGUUGCAAAGUGGAGCGUGAGCAGAGAGAGGCAUUUAAUGACUGCACUCCAGCAUGACUUCCUUUUGUGAUGGAGUUCAGGGACAAAGACGGGGAAUUGCUGUGAGGGAGCUACCCAUGGAGCAGUGCUGUGUGAAGAGGCUGGUGGAGGAGUGAUUCCACCUCAGCCAUGUGGUCAUUCCUAAGAGGACUUCCCUCCGUCAUAUCUUCCAGUUCUCUGUGGACUCUGGUUCUCUGAGGGCAAUCAUGGCUAAAAGAGACUACUUGGUGGAUGCAGCCAAGCAGAUCCGCAUGGCCCUGGACAGGGAGGUCAACGAGGACUACGAGGCUGCGUUCAGCUACUACAAGAACGGUGUGGACCUGCUGCUAAAUGGAGUUCAAGUGGAUCCGAACAAGGAGAGGCGGGAGGCUGUGAAGCGGAAGACCACUCAGUAUCUGAAGAGAGCCGAGGAGAUCUUCAACUCUCAUCUACUGAAUAAUCUCAGCAAGGGCACCACACAGUUAGGGGGUUACAGCAGCCUAAGAUUCAGGUCAAUCAGACAUCUCAGCUCACCAGUGGAGGAUCUGGAGAUGUGCAAAGUCGUGGGGGUUAUUGAUAAGGUUCUGACUGUUCAAAACCUGAUUAGCAAGGAGACAUUUGUGAUUAAGAGCCUGCCUAAGUCCAGCUGGGAGAGUCGAGACCGUCCCACCAUCAUUCCUCAGGGGGUUCCUUUCAUGGUGAAGUUACUGAGGUACUACAUCAGUGAGGACUCAGUGUUCCUGCAUUUAGAACAUGUUCAAGGUAGUAGACUCUUCUCCAAACUGCACAAGAUCAGAAGUAAGGUAGCCAGAGAACAUCCAGACUGCUUCAGUCCUCACCAGCACAAGAUCCAGCUAAAAAACAGCUACACUUCCCCUGCUCUCAGCCAGCUCUACCACCUGAAUGGAGGGGAUAAUCACAGGAUACCUGCAGUUCUUGAAAUGGAGAAUUUGGAUAGUCCAGACACAGACUCACUGGCAUCUUGGAAUGAGACCCAGCAUCAGCUAGAGAGCUGUGGAACUCAUUCCUACUGUGAGGAGACAGGAUGUCUGCAGAAUUCCAGAUUUGACAAGGUUGGAUUCCAGCAAAGUAAAUCCUCAAACUCUGGUGCAAUAAGGACAGAUUCUCUUUCCUGUGUUGGUCCAGCUAAUCGCCUCGCUUCUCAGGACAGUUUGCCCCUUCCUGUUCAGCCCUGUGUAAUAGUGGACACUCGAGAUCCGCUCAGCGUCACCUCUGAUCUUUUAGGAAAUGAUGUCCGCAUUGAGUGGGUUGACUCCAGCGUGGAUUUUGACAAAGCCUGGAAUGCUGCUGAACUUGCUCAGGACUACAGGGGUUUAACAGCUACAGGGUCAAAUUCAGAUAUUCUAGGAAUCAACAGUGUACCUCAGAUCACUCUGAGCUCCUUAUUUGGAGGGGACACACCGCCAACCCUCUGUAGCACUGUCAAUGUCCUUCCGCAGAAAGUUCGUAUAGUCCCCAAUACCCUGCAUUUACCCCUGCAGAGCCAAAAGCAUGAGGACAUUACUCAUGGACAAAGUGUUUGUAACUCAGAAACUGUCAUGAACACUGAAAGCUCCCAGUUUGUGGCAAGCUUGAGCUCAGGAAAUUCUCAGCCAUGCACAGUAUCUCCAAAGGAACAAAAACUUGAAAGACCUGUAAGUUUCUCUGUAGACUUCAUGAAAAUGGCUCCUUGGUUGAAGAAUGUAAGUAAGGAUGGAGUGAAGGAGGUGCAGAGAGAAUGUGUGGAAGUUGGAGAGGAGAGUUGGGAAGUCCUCAGUCCUCUGUGUAGAAAGGAUCCUCAGUCCAGUCCUCCUGCCACCAACACUGGCAGCUCUUCUCAUGGGCAGACUGGACCAGAGGGACCACAUGUUGAGCAGAUCAUAGAGGCUGAUGGCCUUCAUCACCAGCCCCAGUCUGGAGCCAGGAGCUUCAGAACCAAGACCCAACCAAGAUGGGGCCUCCCUGAGGGAGAGGUGCGAAUGUGGGGUGCUCAGAUCCUGCUGGCCCUCGAGAACCUUCAUGAGCAAGGCAUUGUGUGCCAGGAUCUCAACCCCAGGAACAUCCUGCUCAACUGCAAUGGAAAGGUGUGCCUGACAUACUUUGGACAGUGGACAGAAGUUCAGCCUGAAAUUAGCCCUAAAGCUGUAGAGCAAAUGUACUGUGCACCAGAAAUUGGGGGUGUAUCCAAAAUCACAGAAGCCUGUGACUGGUGGAGUCUGGGAGCUUUACUGUUUGAACUUCUUACUGGAACGCCUCUCUGGCAGUGCCAUCCCACAGGAGUGCAUCCACAUACACAACUUCUCAUUCCAGACCACUUGAGCACGGCAGCUGCCUCCCUACUCACAGAGCUCCUUCAGUAUGACGCUGGCUGUCGACUGGGCUCAGGAGGUGGAGGAGUGAGUGAUAUUAAGUGUCAUCCCUUCUUUAACUCUAUCCUUUGGCACACACUGGACAGUUAAUGGACAAGGAGGUGGACAUGUGACCUCCUUCACCUAACACAGUACCUGCAUGCCUUCAAAACAUUAGAGACUGUUGGAUAAACUGUGUCCAGUGGUUUGCGAGAUGGCUUACCUCAUGAAUGCAUCUCUGCUGCCCCCUGGUGGAGUACAACAGAUGGAGCAUCAGUAUUCCCCUGCCAGCGCCUCUAACUGCAAACCAGAAAAUUAUCAGCUGACUACACUGAGCUUCCAGUUUAUAAGGUGCACCUUCCUUGUACCCACAGUAAGAAGCCAUUUUAUUAGGUACAGCUACCAUAAGCAAGUGCUUCACAUGUAUACAGUUACUGACUGUAGCCCAUCUGUUGCUGUUCAAGAUUCUUGACCAGCAUAGGACCACCCUUGACCAGAUAUUAUUACAGUGGUGGACCGUUCUCAGCACAGCAGUGACACUGUAAUCUUGGUAGUGCAUAUUGCUCACUUUAUUAGACAUGCCUACUCUCUAGGUCCACCUUGCUGGUAUGUGGUUAGAGCUGGGGUGUUCAAAAUGUACUGUACUUAAAAGGGAAUGCCAGCAAUUUUUAAAAAUUUUCUGAAAAAUUAGAUAUAAGCAAACUCAUUCAGAGUGGUUUGAUGCAAAA